CUUUUAUUGUGAAACGCGCCUUCAUGUUCCGGUCUGUUGCUGUGAUGGAGACGCGCCUCGGAUUUUAAACUUUCUGUUUGAAAUUCAGAAAAUCCUCUGAAAUCAUUAAAUAUCCGAGAGCUGAAGCUGUACGAUCACACAAUGAUUUUAAAACUGAUUUUUUAAAUGAGGCGGUGGGAUCCGAGAGCAGGUGAGGAUUAAACUAAUCGCGUUAAAUAAUCAGCUAUUAUUAUUAAAACGAUUGUACUUUAUAAUUAACAAGCGCGACACUCACUGUUUAACUUUGUGUUUACUGAUGAUUUGUUUUCAUAUAGUUUUGUGUAGUCUUUUAAUUUAUUCGUUCAGGCUUUAAUUAGACCGAUCUUAACUAAAGCCCUUUUUAUAUGUUUUGACAUGGUUAUUAUUAUCAAAGAACAGCGAUUCGACCGUGUUUCUGAGGUGAACACAAACCGCUCGCUGUCGAUAUUAUGAAGGGUGAAUUUAAUAAGCAGUUAUUUUAUCGGUAAUAACGUUAUUUGCGCGAUGUGGUGUGUUUGUGAAGUUUUAAUUUGAAGUAAUUUAGUGAAAUCAAUUGAAGGCCAGUAACCGCUCUAGUGCGCGCUCCUGUCACGCCGCCGUCACCAUGACGACCACGGGGCUGCGCAUCGGAGAUCAACUGGUGCUGGAGGAAGACUAUGAUGAGAACUACAUCCCUUCAGAGCAAGAGAUCCAUGAGUACGCGGUGGAGAUCGGUAUCGACCCCGAGCGUGAGCCUGAGCUGCUGUGGUUGGCCAGAGAGGGGAUGGUGGCACCGCUGCCGACCGAGUGGAAACCAUGUCAGGACGUCACCGGUGAGGUGUACUACUUUAACUUCUCCACCGGUCAGUCCACCUGGGAUCAUCCGUGUGAUGAACACUACAGACAGCUGGUGGAGCAGGAGCGCGAGCGCAACCAACACGCCACAGCCCCCAGCGCCCUGAAGAGAGACAAGGACAAGAAGAAGAAGAAGGACAAGAAAGACAAGAAGAAGGACAAGAAGAAGGAGCUGGAGGAAGUCAGAGCUCCAGGGGUGCUGGCUCCUCUCGCUCCUCUCCGUGCUCUCUCUGACGCUCCUGUCGCUCCUCUCAGAGGAUCUGGACUCCAGCCGCUCAAAACCUCUCUCAGGGCUGCUGCUGUCAGGAGCGUUCAGGAGGAGAGGAGCGCUGAGGAAGACGAGGAGAUCUCUGAGGAAGAGAGGCCGAGGGACUCAGCCGGACUCCUGCAGAACCUCCAUCUGGAUCUGGACGCUCUGGGAGCAGGACUGCAGUACGAGGACAGUGAGGUCAGUGUGACGGUUCCUCCUGAAGAAAGAACAGAACCUGAACUACAGGAUUUGGCCCUGUCCAGAGAUCACAGUCCAGAAGCUCCUUCAGAGGACUCGUUGCGUGGACAUCACCUUUGUUCCACAGCAGCUUCACGACCUCUGACCCCGGAUGCUGCGGCAUCCAUCGGCCGAGAGGAAGACGAGAAGAAACAGACAGAUGAGGAAGAGACUGAGGAUGAUGAACAGAUUGAGAGAUUUAACAGUCCUGAAGAGAAGCAGAAGGACCAGACGGAGCUAGAAGAAGAGAGUAAAGAUGAAGAAAACAGACAGAUCAGAGAUGAAGAGACCGAGGACCAAAGACACAGGGAGGAAGAGAGUGAUGAGAUCAGUGAGCAGAUUGAGAGAUUUAACAGUCCUGAGGAGGAGGAGAGGACCGGAGAAGAGAAAGAUCAGGCCGGGAGGAAAGAUGAAGGAAACGUGGGAGAGCUGAUUGAACGAGAAGAACUAGAUGAAACGCACAGACAGGACGGUAGAACUGAACACAGAGAAGACGAGGCUGUGAGAAGUGUGUCCUGUGAGGAAGAGGAGGAGAGUGUUUCUGAGCAUGAGGAAGAGCGGAGAGAGAGAGCAGAGGAGUCUGAGGAUGGAGGAGCAGCUGCGUCGCUCUCAUCCGCUGAUAAUGUACAGGCUGGUUUCCGCUCCAAACUCUCAGAGAAUGUGUUUGAUCUGCUGGAUCUGUCACCUGCAGUGGACAGGAAGGAAGUGAAGGGUGAGGCAGAUGUGGACCGCUGUGUGGAUGUCUCUGAUUCUGCAGACCGACGUCUGCUUGAAAACGUGAUGUUAGCUGAGACGCCGCCGUCACGCUACGCUGCCUCCACAUCCGCCGAUGACAUCAUCAGCACCUCAUCACAUGACCAGAGACCUCCGCCCUCUCGCAGCAGAACCGACACCACUGACCGAGAGAAACGAGAACGAGAAGGGGACGAGAGGAAGAGACAAGAAGAGAGGGAGGAAGAGGAGAGGAAGAGACGAGAAGAGAGGGAGAAAGAGGAGAGGAAGAGACGGGAACGAGAGGGGGAUGAGAGGAAGAGACGAGAAGAGAGGGAGGAAGAGGAGAGGAAGAGACGAGAAGAGAGGGAGAAAGAGGAGAGGAAGAGACGAGAAGUGAUGGAAGAAGAGGAUAGGAAGAGACGGGAACGAGAGGGGGAUGAGAGGAAGAGACGAGAAGAGAGGGAUGAAGAGGAGAGGAAGAGACUGGAAGAGAGGGAUGAAGAGGAGAGGAAGAGACUGGAAGAGAGGGAGGAAGCGGAGAGGAAGAGACGAGAAGUGAUGGAAGAAGAGGAUAGGAAGAGACGGGAACGAGAGGGGGAUGAGAGGAAGAGACGAGAAGAGAGGGAUGAAGAGGAGAGGAAGAGACUGGAAGAGAGGGAGGAAGCGGAGAGGAAGAGACGAGAAGUGAUGGAAGAAGAGGAUAGGAAGAGACGGGAACGAGAAGGGGACGAGAGGAAGAGAUGUGAAGAAAUGGAGGAAGAGGAGAGGAGACGGGAAGAGGAGAGGAAGAGACUGGAGGAGGAUGCAGAGAGACAGAUGGAGGAGGAGAGGGGCAGACUGAUGGAGGAGAUGCAGAGGAGACUGCAGCUGCUCAGAGACGCUCUGAUGAAGGAUGAGGAGGAAGAGGAGCGCCGGAUGAAGGAGGAGAGCGCAGAGCAGCUCAGGGUUCUGAAGGAGCAGAUACUCAAACAGAGACGAGACGAGGAGGAGCGGAUGAACAAGGAAAUGCACACACAACUACAACGGAUCAGGCUUGAGAAUGAGGUGAAGCUGCAGGAGCUGCGUUCAGAGCUGGAGGCGGAGCAGGAGAGGGUGGAGACUCAGAGGAGGAGGGACCUGGAGUGCCUGAGGGAGGAGUCAGAGGAGGAGCUCCGGGCAGAGAGGAGGCGGCUACAAGAGAAGAAGGAGGAGCAUCUGACCUCCAUCAGACUACAGGCUAAACUGAGUGACACACAGAAGGAUUUGAGGAGGACACGACCAGAACAGCCUUUAGUAGAGUACCAGAGAGAGCUCACAGAUGUGCUGCAGGAAGUCCGUGAGGAAGUCGAGAGAGAUCACAGGAGGAAACUAGAACAGCUGAAGGAGGAACAUCAACAGGAGCUACAGAACCUGAGAGAGACACACCUGGAGCAGGAGAGCAGGGAGCGGGAUCGUCUGCUGGAUUCUCUUCAGAAGGAGAGAGACGCUGUGAUCUCCACACACACAACACAACUACACAAACUACAGCACACACUGGACACACAGCUGCAGGAGACACGCAGGACACACUCGCAGAAGGAGUCAGAGCUACAGGAGUGGAAGGAGAAGCUGGAGAAACAAACCAAAGAACUUCACACUCAGGAGACUGAACUUCAUUCAAAGGCAUCAGAUCUGAGGAAGAGGAGACAGCAGCUGUGUGAGGAAGAGGAGGACCUUCAGAGAGGAUUACAGUCUCUCCCUCUGCUGCUGAAGGAGCGUGACGAGCUGUGUGAGGAUCUGCGGAGAGAGAGACAGGAGCGAAAGCGACAGAGAGAGGAGAGCUGCAGGAUGAUGGAGGAGAGACAGCAGCUGGAGGAUAGAGUCACACUGCUGCAGGAGCGAUGUGAGCAGCUCACCUCCAGAGUCAGUGAACUGGAGCAGAGCAGCAGAGCGGAGCGACAUCAGCAGCAGGACGAGCAGAAGAAGAGCAAGAGAAAGACAGAGAACGGUCUGCGUUUGGAGGAUCUGGAGACUCCACUGCUGCGGUCCGACGCCAGCGACACCAGCGUAGACGACGUGAGGCGGUACAUGUGGAAUGAGAGCGUGUCUCUCUCCAGGGCUCGUCAGUUUCUGGAGCGGCAGAGCAUUCACGCUGUGGACAGACAGGCAGCGCUGCGGGCGGCUCACAGCGGUCUGAAGGACCCCACGCCUGGGAGCUCAACACAACAGCAGCUCUACCACAACCUGCAGCAGGAGGUGAGGGAUCUGGCUGAGCUGAGAGAGACGCUUCAGAAGGGUCAAACACUCCUGAAAGAAAAAGAGGAAAAACUCAAUCAACUAGAAACAUCACUGACUGAUGAGGUGUCAUGUGACGGUGCUGAAAGGUCAGCUGAUCGGAAAGUGACGUUUGAUGUGACCGAGUCAGAGAUGAGCAGUGUGUACAGCCCAGAGGGAACAGUUCCAGUGAAGGUGCAGCAGCUGGCCGACUCUCUGCAGCUGAUCUCAGGUCAGCUCAACUCUGUGUUAGGAGCUUUGGGUUCACUAACACACAAACAGACUCCGCCCCCUCUGACAACACCCCUGCUGCCCCGCCCCUCCUGGGCGUGGCCUACAACCCCCUCCCCUUCACUGGCCAACAGACUCUCACACAGAGCCACAGACUCACUGCAGACGCGCUGGAGCGGCCUGAGCUCAGAAACCAGCAGAGCGCACAUGACCUACUCAGGAUACACACCACCAAGUCUGUCGAGUCUGCGUCCAUCAGAGGUCGAGGGUCAGCGGCUGCAGGGUCUUAUUGAAGGAAACAAACGCUGGCUAGAGGCUCAACGGAAGAACCGCAACAUUCCUCUGUUCCCGGAGCUCAGGAGUGUGUCCAGCGGUGGAGGGUUAGUUCAGCUCAGCCUCGACGACAACAACCAGAUUAAAGUUCAUCAUUACUGAAGCAGCUUGAGCAAGCACACGCGUGUUUCUCAGGACAGCCGUGUUUGACCAAAACCAGAACAUUUUCAUUUCUAUAGCUGUGUGCAAUGUGCAGAUCUCAUUUUUUAAGGUAUUUUUGUAAUCUGUAAAUGAACUGAAUACUUUUAUACUGCA